CCGGGAUUCGCACGUCCGCACCUUAUACCUCAAGAUGCGGCAGCGCGUCUUUCCGCUUGGGAGUUUGUCGCCUACGUCAUCUCGUUUCUCGUAUACCCGCUCUAUUUAUGCAGGGACUGUGCUCCAGGGGAAAAGAUAUUUGUCAAUCCUCGUUAUCAAUAAAAUCGAAAGCCAUUGGUGUAGUUGCUUAAUAUUUUUGACAUCAAUCAUAGGAUGGCCUUCAUUUGUGUAUGUGAGCGAGCGCGUGCGGGUAGGUAAUGCGUUUGAGGUGAACCGCGCAAUUCGUUCGGCAUUGGAG